AUCGGUUCCUUCUCCUCCUGUCGGUACUCCUCCACCGACAGUCGUCACUGCAGCUCCCACAAAUCAUCAUCCUAUGACAACACGAGCCAAAAACGGGAUCACCAAACCCCGUGCUCCUAUUUGUCUUCAUACCGAUUCUAUUUCUCCUCUUCCUCUUUCUCAUGUGCAGGCAGCAAAGGAUCCUUAUUGGAAUAAUGCUAUGGGGGAGGAAUAAAAUGCUCUUAUUAAACGCAGAACGUGGGACUUAGUUCCGCGACCACCGGCUACUAACAUUGUUCGCUCCAUGUGGCUUUUUCGUCAUAAGUUUGAUGCAGAUGGAAAGCUUUCUAGGUACAAGGCGCGCUUGGUGGCUAAUGGCAAAUCACAACAACUUGGCAUCGAUUGCGACGACACAUUCAGCCCCGUUGUCAAGCCAGCCACAAUCCGAGCCGUGUUACAUGUUGCCCUUGCUCGCGAUUGGCCUCUUGGCCAACUUGACGUCAAGAACGCCUUCCUCCAUGGUGACCUUCAAGAGACGGUCUACAUGCAUCAACCGCCGGGUUUCGCAGAUCCAACCAAGCCGAAUCAUGUAUGUUUGCUUCGUCGAUCUCUUUACGGGCUCAAGCAAGCACCCCGGGCUUGGUACACACGUUUUGCUACGCUUGCCAAACGCAUUGGCUUCACGCAAAGCCGCACGGAUCCGUCAUUAUUCGUUCUCCGUCGUGGAUCCUCCUUGGCGUAUCUCCUCUUGUACGUUGAUGACAUCGUCCUCACCUCUUCUACCAACGAUCUCCAGCGUCAAAUCAUCUCCGAACUUGGCAAAGAUUUGGAACUCACGGACCUUGGCAAACUACACUACUUUCUUGGAAUUGCGGUCUCUUACAAUGAUGCCGGCUUGUUCCUCAGUCAACACAAUUACGCAGCUGACAUACUUCAUCGCGCGUCCAUGACCGAAUGCAAGCCGUCUCUCACUCCGGUUGACACCAAAGCCAAGCUCGACGCCACGGACAGUCCACCUGUUGCUGACCCGUCUCUAUACCGAAGUCUAGCUGGCGCUUUACAAUAUCUAACGUUUACACGUCCUGAUAUUUCUUUCGCAGUUCAACAGGUGUGCCUUUUCAUGCAUGAUCCCCGAGAACAUCACUUAACAGCUCUCAAACGGAUCCUUCGCUACAUCAAAGGCACCAUCUCUCACGGGUUACAACUCAAGAAAUCCUCCAUCACGGACCUUGUAGCCUACACUGACGCUGAUUGGGCAGGCUGCCCCUCCACUCGUCGUUCCACCUCUGGCUACUGUGUAUUUCUUGGUGACAGCCUCAUUUCAUGGUCUUCCAAACGCCAGCACAAGGUCUCUCGCUCUAGCGCCGAAGCUGAAUACCGUGGUGUGGCCAAUGCCGUUGCUGAAACGACUUGGCUCCGCAAUCUAUUCCUUGAAUUAGGCUGUCCAUUCACCAAGGCGACGCUUGUUUAUUGCGACAACAUCUCAGCGGUCUAUCUCUCCUCCAAUCCUGUCCAACACCAACGGACCAAACAUGUCGAGAUCGACCUACACUUUGUUAGAGAACGUGUCGCACUAGGCCAAGUACGCGUCCUCCAUGUCCCGUCGGCUAUGCAGUACGCCGACAUUUUCACCAAGGGAUUACCAUCUCCGUUGUUCACCGAUUUUCGCUCCAGCCUGAGCGUUCAAGAACCUCCGCUCCGACUGCGGGGGAGUGUUAGAUAGGAUAUUCCCUAUAUCUUUGUAUAGUCAUAUAUGUUAAGUUAGGAUACUAUAGAUCUCUCGAGAUCCUCUGACACACUUGUAUAUAUACAUUACUGUGAUCAAUGGAAAGGGCAUCGAACCCUAAUACACUUACAAGUUUCAC